AUGAGUUUCAUUAACUUAGAAUAACUUGAUCAAGAUAACUCACUCAUUGACUAUCAUAACACUAUUAAUGAAACCCUCGAUUCCUUAGCUACCACUAUUCAAGACCUUCGAAAUCCAUAAAUAUGUUUUGUAAAUACAUUUUCUACAUUAGGUCGCAGACACUAAUAUUGCUUAACUCUACUUUUAGUAGAUCUGUCAAAAAUUUCCAUAAGCGAUUACAUUUACAUUACCAGCAGGAGAAGGGGCUAAAAAUCUACAUUUUGCAAAUGAAGUGGCAGAAUACUUAUUUAGCAAAAGAUUUUGUAGAUAAGAUUUAGUUAUUGCAGUUGGUGGAGGAGUUGUGACAGACUUAGUUGGAUUUGUUUCAAGCAUAUAUAUGAGAGGGUUUGGUAUAUUUAACUAUUCAACAGGAUAAAAUUCAUUUUGAUUCCCACAUCGUUGUUGGGAAUGGCAGAUGCUAGUGUUGGAGGAAAGACAGGUAUCAACAACAUCUACGGUAAGAAUCAACUAGGAGUGAUAAAUGAUCCUUAUCGAAUCAAAGUGUGCAGCUAAUUUUUAUAAUCAUUAGAUAAAAGAAAUUUUUUAAAUGGUUUGGCAGAAAUCAUAAAAAUAGCAGCUUGUUUUGAUAGAAAAUUGUUUGAAAGAUUAGAAUGUUACGAUUAUAAUUAUUUAAUGGACCCAAAUAAUUAAUCAAGUCUGUUAGAUAUUAUCAAAUAUGGAAUAAAUUUAAAGUUAAGUAUUGUAACUGAAGAUAAGUAUGAGCAGAAUAUUCGAAAAAUCUUAAAUUAUGGUCACACUAUAGGUCAUGCAGUUGAAUUUGCUAGUUAAGGUUAAUUAUUGCAUGGUGAAUGUGUAUCAAUUGGAAUGGUAUUGGCAAACAUAUUGGCAAAGGAACAUGGAAUUGAUACAUCAUCUUAUGAAAAUAGAAUUAGGAAUGUUCUUUUAAAAUAUGAAUUACCAAUAGAAAUUCCUGAGUAUAUUAAUAUUCAAGAUGUGUUAAAAUAUUUACAAUUUGAUAAGAAAGUAGUAAAGCAUGAAAUUAAUUUUGUUUUUAUAUAAGAGAUUGGUAAACAUAAAUUUAAUACAACUCCAAUAAAGAUGGAUAUAAUAAAAAAAAUACUAGUAAAAUCAUGUGUAAUAGCAUGUUAAGAUAUUCGACCAAGUAGGCCAAUUCAUGGAUCUAAGAGUAUUACAAAUAGAGUAUUAUUAUUAAGUUCUUUAUCAGAAGGAAUAAGUACUCUUAAUAAUUUUUAUGAUUCGGAUGAUACGAAAGCAAUGUUGAAUUCUUUGUAAGAAUUAAGAUUAUGUGAAAUAUAAACUCAUUCCAAACAUACUCUAAUUGUAGAAGGAUGUUAAGGAUAAUUUUAUAAAAAAGAUUAUACAAUAAAUGUGAAGGAAAGUGGAACCUGUGCUCGAUUUCUAUUACCAAUAGCAGCUUUGAUUGGGAAUGUAACAAUAAUUGGAGCAUAAAGAAUUUAUGAAAGACCUAUUUAAGAAAUGGUAGAUGCUUUAAAUUUAAAUGUGAAAUAUUUAUAAAAAGAAGGAUAAUUACCAUUUAAAGUAAUUGAUGGAAAAUUUGAAAAACAUAUUAAAAUUAAAUCUUAAUUGAGUAGUCAAUUUGUUUCUGGAAUUUUAAUGUCUGCUCCUUAUUUUCAAAAUGAUGAAACUCUAAUUGAAAUUAUAGAUUGUAAUGAGAAUGAGACAAUUGUAAGUGAAUCUUAUAUAGAAAUGACUAUUCAAUUAAUGAAUAUUUAUGGAGUUAAAGUGGAAAGGAUUUCAAAGACUAAAUUUUUAGUAAGAAAAGGUAUUUACAAAGCUUAAACAUAUGAUAUUGAACCAGAUGCGACAGCACUUAGUUAUGAUUUAUUACAUAUUGGACUUAAUGGUGGAUCUAUUGAAACUAAAAAGAUAUCUAAAUUAUAGGGAGAUGCAUAAUUUUUAGAUGUUAUAGAGUAGAUGGGAAUGUAGGUUGUGAGAGAAUAGGGAUUCUAUAAAAUAAUAAAAAAUUAAGAUUUAAAACCAUAAGAUGUUAAUUGCAUUAAUUUUAGUGACACUUUUAUUUCUUUAGCUUUAUUAAUGUCUUCUAUUGAAGGCUAAUGUAUUAUUAAAGGAAUUGAUAAUUAAAGAAUCAAAGAAUGUGAUAGAAUAAAGGCUGUCUCUGAAAAUCUUAUUAAAGUUGGUGUUGUUUGUUUAUAAUAAAAUAAUGAGAUCUUAAUCAGGGGUAAAAAAUAUCAAAAAUACAAUGGUUAUAGAAAAGAAGUUAUCAUUAAUACAUUUAAUGAUCAUAGAAUUGCUAUGGCAUUCAGUAUUUUAGGAGGACAUUUUGAGAAAGUACAAUAUUAAUAUCGUAUUAUUAUUGAUAAUAAGGAUUGUGUAAGAAAAACAUUCCCUGAUUUUUAUAAUCAUAUUUAAAGUUUAGGUUUACAAUAAUAAGCAUUAACAUAUAAUUAAGAAUAAGAGUUUUUAUACAAUUAUCAAUAUUAUAAGGAACCUUUGUAUAUAAUUGGUAUGAGAGGGGCUGGUAAAAGCACUCUUUCAUAAUACAUAUGUUAAUAAUUAGGUUUUGAAUAUAUUAGCAUUGAUAAUAUGAUAUCUACUAAUAUAAAUGAGUUUGUAACUAAAUAUGGUUGGGAACAAUUUAGAAAAUGUGAAAAAGAAUAGUUUAUAUAGAUAUUAUUGAAAUAUCAGAAAAAUGUAGUUGUUGAUUGUGGAGGCGGAAUCAUAGAGGAUGAAUAAAUAUAACAAUUGUUAAUUGGAAAAAAUGUGAUAUGGAUUGAAAAGGAUAUUAAUGAAUUAAUUGAAGAUUUGUAAUCAUAAAACAGACCAUAAAUUGGAAAUAUUCUAGAAAUUUAUAAUAGGAGAAAAUCAAUAUAUGAGAGAGUCAGUAAAUACAUUUUUACUUUACCUAGUAGAAAAUAUAUUCAAUAAAUAUCAACUAAUUAUGGUAUUACAAGAUAUUAUUAGAGGAUUAAUGAAUUAUAUUUGCAUUUUAUUAAAUGCAUUUAACACUUGAAUUUUCCUAAAAAUAAGAUUUAUGUUUAAGAUACUAAUUUUGCUUGCAUUUUUUAUGACGAAUUAACAAUUUUGGAUCAUUAAAAAAUUCACUUUAUAAAUAGAAAUCAUAAUUUAUUAGAAAUAAGAAUGGAUAAAAUUGAAAAUAUUUAAGAAUAAUUUAAAUAAGUUAGAUAAUAAAUUUAUAAUAUCAAAUUUUACCUAGAUAUACCAAUUAUAUUUACUUUGAGAACAAAAGCAUAAGGUGGAUUUUACACUGGAACAUAAUAUGUGAAUUUAAUAGAAAAAUGGUAAAAUAGUUUUAUUGGAGAUUAUUUUGAUAUAGAGAUGGAUAAAUUUAAUAAUGUUAACAUUUCGCAUAAUUAUAUUAAUUCUAUUAUUUUGUCAUAACAUUUAUUUGAGAAAAGUGAGAAGUUACAGAUUAUUGAGUUUAUAGAUAGGAUGAAAUAUAUAGCAGAACAUAAUCCUAACAUAAUUUGUUUAUUGAAGUUAGCAAUUCAUUAAGAUGCAUAUCCAACAGAACUUACAUAUUAAGAAAUUUCUAAAUUAUUUAUGGGAAUGAAAUUUGUCAUUCCAUAUUUAGUAGUUUCAAUGGGACCAAAUUCAUAAUUGUAUAGAACAUUAAAUAAAUUUAUGGUUCCUUUAUCAUGUUUAACUCCAACAGCAGUUGGUUAAUGUACUAUAUAAUAAUUGAGAUCAAUAAGAAGUUUAGCAAAUUUUGUGAUAACAUAAAAUUAUCAUAUAUUUGGUGAUGAUUUAUCAUUAUCAAGAAGUGAUUUACUUCAUUAACAAAAUUUUGAUUAGUUAAAUCAAUAACAUAACAAAUUUUAUAGUAAAGUAUCAAUAAAGAAGAUAGAAUAAGCAAAACCAUAUAUAAAUGAUAUAAAUUUCUAAGGUGCUUCAAUAACAAUGCCUUUUAAGGAGGAUGUAAGAUUAUUUAUAUUAUUUUUAGAUUUAAUAAUAUUUGACAGAAUAAUCAAUAGAGGCAUAAAUUAUUGGAGCAGUGAAUUGUAUAAUAAAAUAUGAGAAUUAAUUGAUUGGAUUUAAUACAGAUUGGUGGGGAAUGUUUUGGCCAAUAUUUAAGAGAUUUCCUAAGAAUAUGCAAAAAUGUUUGAUUUUAGGUAAUGGUGGUACUGCAAAGACAGCAAUUUUUGUAGCUGCAAAAUUAUUUUUAUUAUAAGUUUAUUUAUAUGGAAGGAAUCCAUAAAAAGUGGAAGUUCUAGCGAAAUAAUGUAAGGUAGAAUUCAUGAGAUAGGCAGAGAAGACUCAUAAAUUUGAUUUAAUAAUUUCAACAAUACCUUCAGGUGCUGAAUUACCAUUAUGUGAGGAAUGGUUUGAUGAAAAAACAAUAAUAUUUGUGGCUAAUUAAGGUGAUGAUCCUUUAUUGAGAAAGUAAAACUCUAUAAGUGGAAAGGAGAUGUUUGAAGCAUAGGCAAUUGGGUAAGUCCAUCUGUUCAAUGGGAAGUGAAU